AUGGACGAGCCCGUCCGCUAUGAAUAUGGAAAGUUCAGGUUUGUAGUCAUGGGAAACAUGUUCUCCACAGAACUUAGAAUUCAUCAAAGAUUUGACUUGAAAGGUUCAUCCUUAGGCCAUUCUACUGACAAAGUGAAAAUCGAUGAGAACACGACACUGAAAGACUUGGAUCUGAAUUAUUCAUUUUAUCUUGAGCCUUCUUGGCAGGAUGCUUUGCUUAAGCAGAUUGAGAUCGACAACAAAUUUCUAAAGAAUCAGGAUAUAAUGGAUUACUGUAACAAUGGUAAUGUAGAUGCCAUGAAGGAUAAUUCCGCCUGUAACUACCGAGAAGGGCUGGUUUUGGUGCAGCGAGGGAUCAUCGAUAUCCUACAGGAGUACAACAUGAGGAAGAACAUCGAGCGUGCCUGCAAGUCCAUCAAGUAUAACCCUUGA